AUGGAACACGUCUCUGGGAUCAGCGCUCAAAUUUUGGAGAACAUAGCUCGGAGAAAAAGGCUUGGGGACAAGAAGGGGUAUGAGGACGGAGAAGAGCGUCUCCGCACUGUUAUCAGCCAUCUCCGGAGGUGGCUGGUGGUCGAAGUGGUCGGCCGUCGGUUUGCGCCAAAGAGAGGUCUGGCGGAUUGGGGUCCUGCCCACCUCUAUAUCAAGGCGUAG